AUGACCGAACAGGGAGUCAUAAACGAUCAGGAUGAGCCGACAUGUAGCUUAAGACAAGAAUUCGAUACGAUGUUCUACUGUUAUAGCAUCGGAGGCCAAGCAACAAACUACUAUCGUUAUGGUACGCGCAAAGACUGUAAGCGAUAUCGAGACAAUCUCAGAUUUUGUUGGCGAACGAAAUUCAUGAAUUCUGAAGAGAAGAAGAAGGCAUUCAAAGAGCGCGCAGAACAAAAAGAGGAAAAGUUGAAAGAUGGACCUAAUUGUCUGGAUAUCUGGGAACUGAGGGAGCAACCACCAGUCGAUUUCCCGCCGGUCGUUGAUUAA